AUGUCCAGUCCGCUCAAAGAGUUCAAGAAUCUGAUGGUUCGGGAGGGGCAGCUACGCCUAGACGCCGGAGAGGUGAAGGACGGCAAAAAGAGGGUAUACCUCCAAGUGAGCUCUCAAGCCACCAAUGAAUCACUUCAGAAAUGGCGGAAUAAGAAUUCAAGCCACGCCAAUCUGGCUGCUGAGGAUAUCAAUGUCGACGAUACCAAGGAUCAUUAUCCAGACGUUUUCGACAACCUUUGGGAAGACUUCGAGAAGCAGGCGAAGGACAAGCUGAGUACAUAUGUAAGGAAACUUGAAACUGCCUGGCUGAAAGAAGAAUUGACGAAUUGGGCAGGGUUUGCCUUUCACGCACGCAGCAAUUUGCAUAUACGUGCAUAG